CGUGCUGCUGGGCUUGUGCCGCAAGUUCAGUUCCUAGCUGCUGGCCGUCUGAGUCGGCAUUGAUUGAUUUGUCGUAGUUGUGUUCCACACACAGCCGUGUCGUUACUGGUUUUCUGUCUGUGCGUGUGUACUUUUUUUUAUAAAAGAUACGCGAUCAUACAGCAAGCUCAUACGCCGUACGCAGCAGUGUAGAGAAUUGGUCUCAGACAUAAAGCCAGUGGAGGUGCAAUGGCGGCCGAAGCGGUUCCAGAGGAGGUGCUCUUGAACAAUGACCUGAUCAAGGAGCUGGUGGAGGUGGCCAAAGACACGGCUCUUCUCCAUGGGCUGCUCUUAAGGACCAAGGAGAGCCCCUACUCUUCAGAGGUGGUGAGCUACAUCCCGUUUACCCUUUUUCCGACGCCAGUUCCCAGAGACCUCUUCCAGCAGGCACUUCAGGUUCAAACCCUCUUCAACCAGCUUGUGGACAAGAUCAGCAGGGAUUCCUGCUUCCUGGAGGAGGCUCUGGCUGGGCCGAUCAAAGUGGAUAUGUUCACAGCACGGCUCUUCCAGAUAUACCGUACUGUACAGCAGGAGGCCUGUGCUCAGUCAAUAGCUUUGUGCUUGAAUCGCUCUGACUAUAUGCUGGACUUGAGACCGGAUAGAAACGCCACGCUGAAGCAGAUUGAAAUCAACACCAUCGCUGCCAGCUUUGGUGGGCUCGCUUCACGAACCCCAGAUGUUCACAGACACAUCCUGAAAGUUGCGGGUCUGCCGGAGCACUCGAAGAGAGUGCUGGACAACAACCCAGCAGCUGGGCUCGCUUCCGCUCUUGCCAAAGCCUGGGAGUUGUAUGGCUCGGUGAAGGCUGUGGUUAUGUUUCUGGUGGAGGAUAUCCAAAGGAAUAUCUUUGAUCAUCGAUGUAUAGAAAAUGAGCUAUGGAAGAGGAACAUUCCAGUAAUACGGAGGCGGUUCAGUGAUGUGUUUAAGACAGGAUUGCUGGAUCAGGACAAGAAACUCUUUGUGGAUGGCAAAGAGGUUGCAAUUGUUUAUUUUCGCCAUGGUUACAUGCCUGAUAACUAUACAGAACAGAGCUGGGAAGUCCGUCUUAUGAUGGAGCGCUCUCAGGCUGUGAAGUGUCCUGAUAUCGGCACCCAGCUGGCUGGCACUAAGAAGGUCCAGCAGGUACUGGCCCAACCUGGAGUUCUGGAGAGGUUCUUCCCCAAUGAGCCAGAAGCUGUUGCCCGAAUCCGAGCAACCUUUGCAGGCCUGUACACCAUGGACAUUGGAGAAGAAGGAGACAGAACAGUGGCCAUGGCCUUGGCAAACCCUGAGAAGUUUGUUUUGAAACCCCAGAGAGAGGGUGGUGGAAAUAACAUCUACGGCGAGGAAAUCUGCCGUGUGCUGCAGGAGAAAUCUGAGAGGGUAGCCUACAUUCUGAUGGAUAAGGUUAAUCCCCAGCCAUCAAGGAACUAUCUGCUGCGCCAUGGCAGUCCUGUGAAACUCGCCACCUGCCUGAGCGAACUGGGUAUCUUUGGUGCCCACAUCAGACAGGGGACUGAUGUGGUGUGGAACCAGUGUGCUGGACAUCUGCUUCGAACCAAGAGUGCUGAAUAUGCUGACGGAGGAGUAGCAGUGGGGGUGGCUGUGCUGGACAAUCCCUUUCUAGUCUGAGGAGUUUUCACACACUAACUUCACAUCAUGUCUAACGGACCAGAAAAUACCAAAGGUGCUCUUUUGUAAUCUGAUGUAGUGCCGAUGCAUCCUGCAAAUGGUGACAGAUAAGCGUGAAGAAAAAUCACAAUGAACUUUUUUUUUUUAUAUAUAUAUAUAUAUAUCAAGCACUUUACCAUUAAUGGAAUUUCAAAAAUUGACUUUUUAUCAAGUGCUUUACCAUUCAUGACAUAUUUACCUUCUCUUUAGAGGAAAGCAAUUAAGACCAGUUAAUUGUGAACAACCUCUAGUGUCGAACCACUGCUUAACUCACCAUGGACGUCAUAUUUCUCCAUGUCUAUAAACAGUGAUUGUCUAACGGUUAAGAGUUUGGUAAAAUAGUAGAAAGGCAGCAUGCUGUGAGCUAAAGUGGUGCAUCUUAUUUUAAUGCUGAACACACACGAGUCAUGACAUCACAGGCAUUUUUACUGUUGCGUUAAUCCUUAUUUAAUUCGCAUCUCUUUCUAAGAUGACUUAAAAUGGUUCAUGUGUACAGUACAGAAGUACUACUUACAAGGUCAACCAUGAGCUGCCUUUGUGCAACCAGAAAGCAGUCUGACAGUGCCUCUUACAUGCGGUAAUUGUACAACUCAGAACUUAAGAAGAAGGUGGGGACUUUAACAUUAAUUUUGACCUUUUUCUCAGAAAAUGCAUGACUAGAAGAUGGAAAAGUUUUGUAAAUGCUGCAGAACGUGAUAAAGUAUACAAGUAGUCUUUAAUGCCUGAUUACCGUUCCAUCUGCUGUACGAUCCGCUGUCAGGUUAAACCCUUGUUAGUGUCUGUGGAUUGUACAGUUUUGGUGGUGUAAUGGUUUAAUCAGACAUGGAGAAAUUGUGUAUAAAUUUUAUUGAUUUUGACAUCUGUCAAUCAUGUAAAAGAUUUGACAAAACAGAAAAAUGAAGAAUAAUUUAUUGAAAAUUUGUAGUGCGGCUUAAAACAUUUCUGCAUCUGAAGAUUUUGUGCCUGUGGGCUAAUACAGCACAUUCAGAAAGUAUUCAAGACCUUCACUUUUUUCACAUUUUCUUUGUUGCAACCUUAUUGAAAAAUUGUUUAAUUUUUUCCCCUCAAUUUAUACUCUACCUCAGUGACAUGGUGAAAACUGAAUUUUAGCAUUUUUUUUUUUCCCAAAUUUAUUAAAGUUAUAUCCCAUUGCCAUAGGUCUUCAGACUCUUUGCUAUGACACUUGAAAUUUAGCUCAGGUACAUCCCAUUUCUAUUAAUCAUCUUUCAGAUGAUUCUAUACCUUGUUUGGCACCCACCUGUGGUAAAUUCAAUUGAUUGGACACAAUUUGGAAAGGCGCACACCUGUCUUUUGAUAUAAACGGCUUUUCACUUAUAUGAGCAGACAGGAGUGGAAAUUCUGGAAAAAGCCGGUGAGUGGGAGGUAUGUGUUUUACAUAAAUGAGCAAUGGUGUUGUCAAUAUUCUGUUAAACUGGUAUUAUGUAAUAAUGACUUUGAACUGCUGGGUAUUGGGUUGAGACUAUUUUACCUUCCUCGGGAAUUUGGUUGCUUAUGUUCCACCAAGUAGCGUAGUGCAUCAGGCUGCUGCUUCAAUACCGGGUAGUGUGUGCAGUUUACAGCUACAGUCUCCCGAUGCUCCCACCAUUGUCCUUGGUGAUUUUAACACCUGCAACCUGGAGAAAACUUUGCCAGGAUUUCAACAGGUGGUAGCGUGCAGAACGAGGAAGGAUAACAUACUGGACAAAUGUUACAUAAACAUUAGUAAAACCUACCAAUCUAGAAGCAAACCCCCAAUAGCCAAUUCUGAUCAUAAUGUGGUGCAUCUUCUUCCAACUUAUCGGACCAAACUAAAAAGCAGUAAACCUUUGAAAAGGGUGGUAAGGCACUAGACACAAGACAGCAAAGAGGUUUUGGGAGCCUGUUUUGACUGUACGGACUGGGAGGUGCUGAGGGAGGGCACUUUGGACUCAGCAUGCUCAGUUACAACUGAUUAAUUUUUGUGUUGAGUCUCUUUUUCCUAUAAAAACAAUUAAGGUGUACCCUAAUAACAAAUCCUCCAUAACUAAAGAUAUUAAAUGUAUAAUGUAUCAGAGGGAAAAUAGCCUUUAAAAAUAAGGACAAACUGGAGCUGAAAAAGAGGGACAAGGAGGUGAGGCAAAGAAUAUUCAUAAGAGAUAUCUAGAAGAGUCUUUUAAGGCUAAUAACCCCAGAAAAAUGUGGGAGACCAUGAAAAGCAUGGCAGGUAUGCCCAGCAAACAACGGAAGUCGUUGGUAACAAACAACGAGGUGGCCUCUGCUGUAGAGCUGAAUACUUUUUUCACCUGGUUUGAGACCUCUAGGACUGUAGAGAGUUGCAGUGAUGUACUGAGAUCAGUACUUAUAAGGCCUGGUGAUAGAGUGAAAAUCUCAGUAGGACAGGUGGCCAGCGCAUUUAGAAAUCUUAAUGAACGUAAGUCCACCGGCCCCGACAACAUCAGUGCCUCUGUUUUGAAGAACUACAGGGAGGAGCUCGCCCCUGUGUGGCAGCCCAUUUUCUAGCAAUCGCUGGAUAUACACACGGUCCCCACAGCCUGGAAAACUUCCCAUGUAAUACCACUUCCUAAGAAAAAAUGUCGUAAAGAGUGUAAUGAUUAUCGACCUGUAGCUCUUACUUCUGUAUUGAUGAAAUCUCUCGAAAAAAUUAUCUUCCAUUUGCUCUCUGUCUAUUCAGGGAAAAUUAGACCCUUACCAGUUUGCUUACAAGCACAAGCGCAGUGUUGAAGAUGCAGUAGCCACCCUCAUGUAUCUUGUUUUAAAGCAUUUGGAUACACCAAAAAGCAAACCCUAGGCUAGGGUAUUGUUUAUCGAUUUUUCUUCGGCAUUUAAUACAAUCAAACCAGACUUGCUGCUCUCCAAAAUGCACCAGUUGGGGAUAAAUUCAUGUCUCAUUCAUUGGUACAGUUCUUUUCUCACUAACACAUCAGCUGGUUAAAAUUAAUAACACAUACUCCCCCUUGCGUAUAACAAGCACUGGUGCUCCUCAAGGUUGUGUCAGUUCACCGCUGUUAUUUACUAUUUACACCAAUGAUUGUGUCAUCAGUACGCCUAAUCAUCUCAUCAAAUUUUCUGAUGACACAGCAUUGGUAGCACUGAUGACUGAGGGGGAGAAGCCAGACUCUUAUUCUGACAGUGUGAACACAGUGGUCCAAUGGUGUACCCAGAACGCCCUUAUUUUAAAUCCCCAUCAAAACAGAGGAAAUCCUUUUUGGAUCCACACGGUUCACAUCAGUCCCCGUCACCAUUCACAACAAACCUAUAAAGCAGUCCUCAACUUCCAAAUAGCUGGGAGUGUAUGUGGAUAAUGCCCUAUCUUGGUCAUAUCAUGUGGAUUACAUGUGUAAUAAGGUCCAACAGAGAAUCUACUUUCUGAGGAGACUCAUGUUUUGGUGUCAGCAAGGAGAUUCUUUAUUCUUUUGUUCCACAAUUUGCAGCAUUCUGCUAUAUGGAAGCCCGGUUUGGCUAAGCAGAAUUUUUCUAAGACUGCUGAGUAUUUGCUCAAAGAUGGUGGGUCAUUCUUUGGUAAAUUCUUUCUUCGACAGUUGCACCAAGCAUACCCUCAAAUUGGUGGAGAAGAUCAGUUCAGACCAUUCUCGUGUUCUACGUGAGCAGUUUCAGCUUCUGCCCUCUGGGAGGCGUUUUAGGGUGCCAGACUAAGAAGAAUAAGUACAAACAUUCUUUUAUUCCUCAUUCUAUCACAUUACUGAAUCAACAGAGCAGGUCAAGGAGGUAAACCCCCCCUACCCUAUGCAUGCAUAUUUGCGCGCGCACACACACACAUAUAUACAUGCACAUAC